AUGCCGCCGAGGAGGCGCAGCGCUCGUAAAGCCAGCAGCGCGGCGACGAAGGGGUAUGCCGACGAGGCACCGGUGCGUGUGAAGAGAGAGCUCAGAGACGAGGAGGCAGAGGCGGCGGACGACAUCCACGCCGAGGAGAAGCAUGUGGUGAUGGUGGCAGAGCAGUCACAUCGAGAAGAAGAGUGUAGACGAGCAGAGGACCGGCUUGAGGACGCCGGCGAUGUCAAUGGCGAAGCCGCGCCAGGGUCUCGCGAAGGCUCGCAAGAAGAGCGCGAGGACGAGGCAGCUCAGGGGAAGGAAGGACACGGUGCCGAAGCCGACGGCGGAGGGGAUGGCAGCACCUCGUCCUCUUCCUCGGCCGCACGACUGUCAACCUACACGCCACCGCGCUUCCCGUCGACUCGGACGAGCGGGACGGAGCUGGAGCUCAUUCACCCAGCCAUGACAACCACGCAUCCGUCCCCUCGGGUGUCUGCUCGAUGCGACGGCGACGGUGGCGACCUCACGCCCCGCUCGCGCCUCGUCAUCCGCGACAUUGACGUGGAGAACUUCAAGUCCUACUACGGCACCCACCGCAUCGGGCCAUUCCACAAGACGUUCACGGCGGUGAUCGGCCCGAACGGGUCUGGCAAGUCGAACGUCAUUGACUCCAUGCUCUUCGUCUUCGGCCGGAAUGCCAAGAAGAUCCGGCUGGAGAAGCUGGCGGAGGUGAUCCACAACUCCGCCGCUCACCCGAACCUCUCCUACGCAUCCGUGACCGUGAACUUCAUUCGCCUGCUAGAGACCGCCGCCGAGGAGAAGGACUCGGAGCAGCGGCAGGAGGUUGCCGGCAGCGAGCUGAGCAUCAAGCGGGAGGUGUUUCGCACCGGCGCGUCUCAGUACUACAUCGACGGGGUCCGCCGCACGCAGAAAGAGGUUAUGGAGUGCCUCAUCAGGCAAGGCGUCGACCUGGACCACAACCGCUUCCUGAUUCUGCAAGGCGAGGUGGAGCAGAUCGCGCUCAUGAAGCCCAAGGCGGAGAAGGAGGGCGAGGAGGGCCUACUGGAGUACCUCGAUGACCUCAUCGGCACCAGCCAGUUUGUGGGCCGAAUCUCGGAGAUGACGGCCACCGCCGAGACGGCGCAGCUGGCCCGACUCGAGGCGCUGGACAAGGAACGUAAGCUCAAGGCGGAGCGCGAGGCGCUGGACGAGGCCAAGAACUCGACGCUGUCCUUCGUCACAAAAGACAACCAACUCCAGAAGACACUCAUCGUCAUGUGCCAGCUGCGCAUGCGCGGCAUUGAAGAGAAACUGGAGGAGCCGCGGCGGCUGUUGACAGAGAUUGACGAGCGCAUCAAGUCCAUGGGGGAAGAGGUUGUUCAGCGGCGGGAGGAAAAAGCGCAGGCCGAGGAGGCGUUUGCCGCGGCGAAGAAGCACGUCGCCGAGGCGCAGCGGACCCGUGACGCGGUCCGGGCUCGCCGGCAAUUGGCCGAGGCUCACCUGGAACAGGUAAAGUCCGGUGCCGAUCAGGAGGAGAAGGCGCGGAAGAAAGUGGCAGACCAGUUGCGCAAGGCCAAGGAGGAGCUGCAGCGGGCAGUUCUUCACCAACAGGACGCUGAGCGCGAGGCGGCGAUUCACCAGCAGAACCACAACGAGGCAGUCGAGGCCGUAGCGACACUGCAGCUAGAGCACGACACGCUCUCGGAGGAGCUGCUCCCAAGGCUGCGCCCCCUUCGUCAGCAGUUGGAGGAGAAGAAAAAGCAUCGUGCCCCAUACGAGCGCGCCCUGACGGAGGCCAAGGAGCAGCUGCGCACCGCGCAAAGCCGGCUUGGUGGGCUGGCGGAUAGCGCCGCAAAGAAGCAGCAGCAGGUGAACGACUUGGCGGCGUUGGCGGCACGCAACACGGCUCGCGUGGCGGAGCUGGAGCGGCUGCUUCAGGACUCCGACCGCAAGGACCUGCAGGAGGAGGUGCUGCGGGUGCAGGAUCAAAUCGGGGAGAGCGCGCGCCGCAAGUAUGCCAUCAACAACUCCAUCCAAGAGCUGAAGAACGCCUACCGUGACGGUGAGGCGGACGACCGCGCGAUGGAGUUCUUGCUGGCCCAGCGCUCCCUCAAGGGCUACUACGGCACGCUGCGCCAGCUCGGCCGUAUCGACGACCAGUACGACAUCGCAGCCGGCGUUGCCAGCAACGCGUGGGGCUUCCACGUUGUCGAGGACCGCCAGACAGCGACGGAGGCGCUGAUGCUGCUCAAGCAGAACAACAUCGGUCGUGCCACGAUGAUGGUAGUGAGCGAGGUAGAGCGGGAGAUGGGGUCGCGAAUGGCGAAGCCAUUCCAGUGCCCGAAUCCAAAGGCGCGCCGCCUCUUCGACCUCAUCCAGCCGACGAACCCAAAGUUCCGCUCUGUCUUUUACCAAGCCGUGCGUGACACUCUUGUCGUGGAGACACUGGCAGAGGCGCGCGAAACGGCCUUCGGCGGCAGCGGCGGCAGACGCGACGCCAUGACCACAGGAGCACCGUCCUUGUCCACGGGGGGCGCAGCGAGCCAGCAGCGGCAUCGCGUCGUCACCGUCAAAGGUGAGCUCGUAGAGCCGAGUGGCACGAUCACCGGCGGCGGAGCGGCACCUCGCGGCGCGAAGCUGAAGGCCGCUCGCUCGCCACAAGACAAGCAGUCUAUCAAGGAGGAACUGCAGCGUCUCCAGCAAGACCUGCGCCGCGAGCUCGCCCAGUCCACGCAGGAGCUGGAGGGUAACCGAGAGCGGCACGAGCAAGCUGUGCGCGACUGCGAGACGGCGCUGCAGAAGGCGGAGAAAGCCUACAGUACCCACCACGCGGACGUCGAGGCGUUGGAGGCGCAGGUGGAUGAAGCAGGCGGUGCGCGCUUCAAGACAGUGGCUGCGUCUCUCACGGCGCAGCAGGAGCGCGCCGACGCCGAGGAGGCGAGCCUGCGGGCGUGCCGCAGACAAGCGCAGAAACACCGAGCUACGCAGGAGCGCAAGGCCGCCGACAUCGCCGACUACGAGCAGCAACUCAAGAAGCUCGAAGAAGAAGCGCAGGGCAACGUAGAGGAGCAGGUGAGGGCGUGCGUGGAGGUGUUGGAGGGGCUCGUGAGGGAGCUAAACGGUGCCGAAGCGCAGCUGGCGAAGGCUCAGACGGCCGCUGAGGACGCGCGCGCCGCCGUGCCCGUGGCCAAUGGCGCUGCUCUGACUGCGCAAAAGAAGCUGGACGAUGAGCAGCGCUAUCGGCAGACGGAGGCUGCUAAGAUCGCGGACGCGCUGCAGGAGCUGUCGAAGUUCCAGCAGAAGAUCGAAGGCUGCGAGGAGAAGAUCCGUGAGAACGUCGAGCUGUACGGCAAGGAAACGCUCGGGCAGGGCAAUGCCGAAGAUGAAGAGGACCAGAACACUCAGGUGGAUGACGAUGAAGAGGACGGCGACGAGGAUGAGAGCGAUGCAGUGCACGGCCGGAAGCGUGCUCGUGCGCGUCCUGGCCGCCGUCGCGAUGAAGCUGCAUCGCAAACGACGUCCGCUAGCGGCUCCUCUGGACUCGUGCCGCCGCCGCCCAAGCGAGCGCAUGUGGAGCUGCGUCACAUGACCUUCCGGCUCACUCCAGAGGAGCUGGAUGGCUGCGACUAUGACCGCUCGGUGCACCUCGCCAAAGCCCUUAGCGAGGAGACUAAGCGGCUGCACAGCGAGAUCGACUUCCGCGCCGUUUCUCUGUGGCGUGAGCGCGAUGUCGCCCAUCGCGAAGCGAAGGCCAUUUACGAGGCGAAGAAGCUUCUCUCCGACGAGGCAGAGCGCGAGCUGCAGACGCUGAAAGACACGCGCCGCCAGGCCUUCAUACACACCUUUGAGCACAUCCGACACCGACUCAAGGAGGUGUAUCAGCUUCUCACGCACGGCGGCGACGCCGACAUGGAGCUGGUCGAUGUGAAUGACCCGUUCGAGGGCAUCACCUUUGUCGUGCGUCCACCGAAGAAGUCGUGGAAGCAAAUCUCGAACCUGUCCGGCGGCGAGAAAACGCUGUCUAGCCUCGCCCUCAUCUUCUCUCUGCACGACAUCAAGCCCACGCCGAUCUACGUGAUGGACGAGAUCGACGCGGCGCUCGACUUCCGCAACGUGUCGAUUGUGGCAAACUACGUGCUGCGCCAGGCCCGCGGCGCGCAGUUCAUCAUCAUCUCCCUCCGCAACAACAUGUUCGAGGAGGCGCACCAGCUGGUCGGCGUGUGCAAGGUGAACGACACCACCUCCACGCUCGUGCUGAUGCCGGGCAGCUUCCGGCGGCUAGUCGCCACACAACUCGCUGAGGCAGCAUCGGAGCAGCGGCGGAAACGUAGUGAGCGUCGACACAGUCGCCACCAGCCCGGAGAAGCAGGGGCAGCAAAAAAUGCUGACGACGGCGACGUGGAUGGUGACGCACGCAGUCCGCGCACCUCCGUUGUCCAUCAGUCGCACAUGCCGUCUAGCGGGGCUCGUCCGACAGUGGGAGACGCGUCCCCCACGUCGGCCUCCACAUGGCCCCACUCCUCUGGUAACAACGACGGCGCGCGUGACUCGCGCAAGAGUAUUCGCUUUGCCGGCCUCAGCGGCGUCACAGCGGCGGCAGCGGACGAUGAUGCGUAUUCGGUCUCAUAG